AUGCGACGUAGUCGGGGAAAGUCCGCAAGGCGAAGCCGCAAGCUGGAGCCAUGGGAGCUGUCCAGCGACGACGAUGAAGACGGUGCGUUGGCGUCGGGUUCAGGCGACAGCGAUGAGAGCUUUGCGAGUGUUUCGGACACAGAGCGUGCGCGUGCUGUGAACCAGGUAUCGACAGAGACCUCUGGUCGUGCGAUGCUACGGGGCAAACGAGUGUCUGGCGCAGCUGCCGCUGGAUCCAGCACGGACGACGCUGGCACGCUCCAGGACCCUGAGAGCAGAGUGAAGCGGCAGCGCGCGGCGCGUCCCAAGGACGACCGACGGACCGGGAGCGACGCGGAUACGGACAACCUGGUAAACGCUGACACCGCCGCUGAGAAGGCCAAGGAAGCGUCGACUCAGGACCUGAGCGAGCUGGAAGAUAUCGAAACGGAACCCGAAUUCGACGACGGCUACGACGCCGAGGGUUACGGCGAUGAACAGGAUCGUGCGCACCUCCUCUCCCUGACGGCAGUCGAACGGGAAACCAUUCUUGCAGAGCGCUUCGAGCGCCGACAGAGGGAGUACGAAGCAUACUUGUUCCGAAAAGCGCUUCGUGAGCGCCGGCGUGCCGCCAUCGACGCUCGAAAGCAGCAGCGGGAUGCCUCCAGUGCUGACAAGGCAACGCUUGCCGAACGUGAAAGAGCGAAAAAGAGAACCCGCAAACAGGCUUUAGAUGCCUUAGCACAAGCAAAGAGGCGAGAUAAAUCGUCUUCUCGGAGGCGUGCCAGCGAUAGCGAGGCAUUAUCGCAGGCGUCGGAUCUCGAUGAAAGUGACUGGAGUGCAACACAUCCGCCGGGGCUCUCGGAGACCGACUCGGUAUCCGACAUGCCCCACGGUACCGAUGAAGAGGAGGAUGGUGCUCAGCGCCGUCGCCGUGGCACCCUGCCCGUUUCGGCUAGCGCGAGCGUUCAACGAAGAACUCCCGUAGAGCGUUCCCACGGCCUGUUGUCGAAGACCAUGACAUUCGCGGACCUGGUAGAUCCACAGACCGGAGCACCGUCACCGCUUGUGUUGACGCGCGGACUUGUGGAACGAUUCCAUCAGAAGCCAUGGUUCACUCGGUUUGCUCUGGGUUCGUUCGUGCGAGUGCCGUUACCGCCCACAGCAAGCGCGAAUGCCACGUCGUCGACACCACAGCAACUGCAACAGUACGUUUUGGCGCGUGUAAGUGCGAUCCUGAAGGCACCGAGGCUGUACCCGGUACCGUCGACGCAGGUCGUCGAGGGCGGGCGCCCCGCACCGCCAUUCAAAGUAGGGUUUCGGAUUCAGGCAGAGCUCUGCGGUCGUCAAAGGCGCUUUUCGGUUGAUCAGCUGUCACGGCACGCUCCAUCAGAGCUCGAGUGGUUGCACUACGAGAAACGUCACCAGGAGCAACGCCUGCCGCUCCCGUCUCGAGAUGAGGUCGAAGCGCUGCGAGCCGAGAAGCUCGCGUUCAUGCGAGGCGAGAUCCCUGCGACACCCGAGGAGAUUGCCGAUUUCCAAGCCGAGUUUGAACGUCUUCACCCCGAAGCCGUGAAUUAUGCUCGUCGUAUCACACAGGUACGGGCGCAACUGGCGCACGCUCAGGAAGCAGGCGACAUGGAGAAGCAAAACGCGUUGGCGGCAGAACUGGAGCGCUUGGCGGAACUCGAGACUCGUUAUGGACAGCGCCCGCGUGAGGGCUCGUCCAACGAACAAGUACGUGAUAUGCUGCUAUCGAGAAGGCAUCAUAUGCCGUCGACAGAGUCCAAGUUCACACCACAGCGUCCAGCUCCGGAAGCGGAACUCCCGCUGGCAGCCUCGCUCAUGCUGCUGAAACGCACUGUCGAGGAGCAGAACGCUGUGGAGCUGGAUCCUUUCGCGCGUCGCGUCGCGCGGGGCACGAGUUACUUCUUCACACCCAGCAAAGCGACGUCCUCUGAGGCAGCCACCGACGCAAGUGCAUCGCUCGAGUCGGAGACCAGGCGGAGCAUCGGUGCUACCGGGCAACCGCCACCGCCUCCGCCUCCGCCUCGUGAAGCGAAUAUCCCAGCGAACGCACAUCGCGCAGAGGCCUUGCGGGAACUCAUCCCUCAAAUAGAGCGUUGGCUAUGGUAUGGCCCGCUUUUGGAGCCUUUACGCAAUGUCGAAUUAUCAUCGGCUGAUGAGGAUGUGUUCCUUGCUUCUCGCGCGCGCUUUGAGCACCUUCGACGCGCCCAGGGCGAUGCGUCUGUCGCGCUCUGA